AUGCGUAUUGUAACUGUUUGGCGGUGAAAUUAUACGCGACGUUGCCAGUCCGUGCUGGUAAAGGACUUAGGAGAUCCAUUCAAGGAAUUCUGCUCGGAGCCUAUAGAGCAAAAAGCGCAUCAUGUCUGUUUUAAACGGAGCCGAGGAGACGAUGCAAGGGGAACUCAACCUUGUUCUUUGAGACACAGAGUCGAUUCCGGAGAGCAUAACGGACAACAAUAUGCUGAAGGAGAGAGAAAGUUCAGAGGGGUCGCCUGCAACCCCAGACGAAUGUGCGGGAUGCGGAGGCAGGAUACAGGACAGAUAUUACCUGCUGGCGGUAGACCGACAAUGGCACGGGACCUGCCUCCGCUGCUGCGAAUGCCGUUUGCCUUUGGACAGUGAGUUGACCUGCUUCUCAAGAGAUGGAAACAUCUAUUGCAAGGAAGACUACUAUAGGUUAUUUUGUGUAAAGAGAUGUGCACGGUGCGGCAACGGUAUUACGGCGAAUGAGCUGGUCAUGAGGGCACGGGACAUGGUUUUCCAUCUCACCUGCUUUACGUGUGUCGCAUGCGGGACCCUACUUUCAAAAGGCGAUGUCUUUGGCAUGAAAAACGGCCUUAUUUACUGCAGGCCACACUACGAUAGCGCGUGUAUGGAUGAGUUUUGCGAUGAGGAUAUCAAUAGCGUUUACAGGUGCCAAGAAAUGCAUAGUGAAGGAGAUUCCCAAAGCCAAUAUUACAACGGAGGCCCAAGCCAAAAAGGAAGACCCAGAAAGAGAAAAGUAGCUCAAGGUUCCCCAGAAGAUAUGCAAGUUCAAACGAUGCGAAUGGCUAGUACAGCAUUAGAAAUACUCCACCGAGGUGAUCUGUCGUCCUCAAUGGAAUCGCUGGCUUACGACUCCUCGGUGGCUUCACCGGGUAGCGUCUCGAGUCAUAAUCAACGCACAAAGCGCAUGCGCACCAGCUUUAAGCAUCACCAGCUUCGCACAAUGAAGUCUUACUUUGCAAUCAAUCAGAACCCCGACGCGAAGGAUCUCAAGCAAUUGGCUCAAAAGACUGGUCUAUCUAAAAGGGUUUUGCAGGUUUGGUUUCAAAACGCCAGAGCAAAAUGGCGCCGAAACAUGAUGAGACAAGAGUCUAACCAACACGGAUCUAUGAUGAAUGGUAACCCAGGCCAUUCAGCAAAUGGUUCACUAGUUGGAGGUGUCCCUCCCCCAAGUGUACCCGGCACGCUGAUCUUAUCAGAAUCACUACAAGCUUUAGAUGAUCUAAGAUCACACACUCCCCACCCGUUGAGCUAUAAUGAAAUGUACUGACACUUAAGAGACGCACGGAUGCAACAGCCAAUAAUGGAAAAUGGCUUCCAGUGCCCCUAGUGUGUAACUUAUUAUAAACAAAAUUUACAUUCAACAAUCAUCAAUAACAGUCCCCAGCAGGACUAAAGGCCUCUCCGAACGGGAGGGUCUUCUCAUAACCACCAAGCUGGACAGACGGGCUGCUGAUGGCAAUAGAUAGUAGUAGCGCCAAAGAAGCUGCUGUCCGUUCUCCGUUACAUUCCCUUAGUCCUCUCGUAUGACACCUGCGAGAAGAGGAGGGACCAACUGUAUGCUGAUCUGUCAACUUUGCCGUUUUGACACAUAAAAUGACAGAUUAACGUGGAUAUGAGUUUACGUUUAAAUUUACACUGAGGCGGCUAGACUUUGAAGUUCGUGAUAUACAUAUGAAGGAUAUUAUGUUUCAUUUGCUAUAUAAUCCACGACAACUAGACAAAUUAUGUAAUUUGUAAUUUCUUUGGAACUUUUGACCAUUAUGAAAUGUUGGUUUAGAGCAUUUAUCUGCUUUAACAUAAUCUGGGUGUUACCUAGGGGGAGGAUGGGUUUUUAUGUCAAUCAGUAAUAACUCAUACACAUAAAAACCCACCCACAACAGAUAUAUAAUAUAAUAAAAAAUAAAAUCCUGUAUCUAAAUUUUGUGCAGUAAAGGACGAGGUUUGUAUAAUUAUAUAACAUAUAUAAAAUAUAGCCUAUGUUACUAAUUCUCUGGGAAUGAAGUUUUCGCGAAGAUUUAGAAAGAGUUUAAGCGAAGAUUUUUCUAAAACGGUAAAGUUGUUUUUUUUUAAUAUAAAAUCUUUCGUUUCCACACAGUGACCACACAGAUUUCUCAAAAUACGCUCUCUACGCACGUUUCGCUUGUAAUCUGAAGCUUCCUCAGGACAUAUUGACUUCACGACGCCCAAUUGCUUUAGCAUGUAAGCAUGUCUGUGUGGUGUUGUGGUGGAAUAAAGAUGUUAUAAAUUACAUCAUACAGAUUGAGCCAGUUGUCACAGAUUUUCUAAUUUUCUGAUUAACCUUGCUAGCUACAUCGCUCGAGUAAUAUCCAGUAACCUCGCACUAUAUCUAGUACGUUAAAUUGAUGUAGUAAACUGGAAUGGGUAACAGCUCUCACAUAUAAUUUUAAAUAUGACAACCAAAUGAUUUUAUACUUUAGCUUAAUUAAAAUAGUUUGUUUGUUAUAUUGACA